CUUCACUUGUCUAAAUUUGCCUUGUACUCAUUUUCAUCUUGUGAUUGCCACCUAAUGUUGCUUAUGAAUUUAGAUUUAGAUAAUAUAUUUUCCAAGAAUUUAAAGAAAGUGCAUUUACCUGAGAGUUGGUUGAUCAUGAUUCUUUCUCAUCUUUGUGUGUUAAUUUUAAAUUUUUGUGAUUCUUGUAUCAUCCUAUAAGUGGUUGGUUUAGGUGUUUGUGAAUUGGGAGAAUAUGGCAGCAAAUGGUGAAUGGCAUUGUGAGAAGAGGGCCUUCUCCAAAAUUGAGUCUUUUUCACAAGAGAAAGAAAAUAAUGUGACUGAAACUGGAUGCCUUUCGAUUAUCGUUCUUGGCGCUUCUGGUGACCUUGCUAAGAAGAAGACAUUUCCUGCUCUUUUCAAUCUUUACCAGCAGGGAUUUUUGCAAUUGAAUGAUGUUCACAUCUUUGGCUAUUCAAGAACCAAACUUUUUGAUGAUGAAUUGAAAGAGAGAAUUAGAGGGUAUCUUCCCGUUGGGAACAAAGUCAGUUGCAAUGUUUCAGAAUUUCUACAGCUGAUUAAAUACGUGAGUGGCGCCUAUGAUUCCCGGGAGGGAUUUCAAGAAUUAGACAAGGCGAUAUCUGAGCACGAAACAUCAAAGAAGAGCACACAAGGAACGUGCAGGAGGCUUUUCUACCUUGCUCUUCCUCCAUCGGUAUAUCCACAAGUCUGCAAAAUGAUCAAGGCCUACUGCACAAACCAAUCUGAUGUUGGUGGAUGGACUCGUGUGGUGGUUGAGAAGCCGUUUGGCAAGGAUUUAGCUUCGGCUGAGGAGCUGAGUUCCCAGAUAGGAGAAUUAUUCGAUGAGCCACAGAUUUAUCGUAUUGAUCAUUAUUUGGGAAAGGAAUUAGUGCAGAACUUGCUGGUGCUUCGUUUUGCAAAUCGCUUCUUUUUACCUCUUUGGAAUCGAGACAACAUUGCCAACGUACAGAUUGUGUUUAGAGAAGAUUUUGGAACUGAAGGCCGCGGAGGUUAUUUUGAUCAAUACGGGAUUAUCCGAGACAUUAUCCAAAACCAUCUAUUGCAAGUGUUUUGCCUCGUUGCUAUGGAGAAGCCCGUCUCUACGAAGCCUGAGCAUAUUCGUGAUGAGAAAGUGAAGGUUCUUCAAUCAGUUAACCCUAUAGUAGAUGAAGACGUUGUGCUUGGCCAGUAUCGAGGCUACAGGGAUGAUCCAACGGUUCCAGACGACUCAAACACCCCGACUUUUGCAACAGUGAUUCUACACAUACACAAUGAGAGAUGGGAAGGCGUGCCCUUUAUACUCAAGGCGGGGAAAGCUUUGAACUCGAGGAAGGCAGAGAUUCGGGUUCAGUUCAAGGACGUGCCAGGCGACAUAUUCAAGUGUUCAAAGCAAGGAAGGAAUGAGUUGGUGAUCCGUCUGCAGCCUUCAGAGGCCAUAUACAUGAAGCUAACUGUGAAGCAGCCCGGCUUGGAGAUGGCGGCUACUCAGAGUGAGCUCGACUUGUCCUACAGGCAACGGUACCAAGGCAUUGUCAUCCCUGAGGCGUACGAACGCCUCAUUCUUGAUACAAUAAAGGGUGAUCAGCAGCAUUUCGUGCGGAGAGAUGAGUUGAAGGCUGCCUGGGAGAUUUUCACGCCUCUUGUGCAGCGGAUAGAGUCGGGCAAUCUGCAGGCAAUAGAAUAUGAAGCGGGCAGCCGGGGGCCGGACGAGGCAGACCAGCUGCUUGAGAAGGCUGGUUAUGUGCAAACGCACGGCUACAUAUGGAUUCCUCCAACCUUGUGACCAUCUUUUAUGCUAAUCUCACAUUCCUUUGAUUCGGAAAUGUGAGCUCAUUAAUUAUAAGCAAGAUAAAGGAUUGGUGUCGAUUUUUUUUUUUAAUUAUUAAUUACACUUAAAGAAAGGAAAAA